CUUGAUCAUUAGUACUGAGUUGUGCAAUUGUAUAUAUCUACGACUACGUUGUAUGUUUUUGUAAAUAAAUGAACGGCGAUUCUGUAACUGGUUAAAACAUGCUACCGUUGAAAACUUCCGAAUUUAUGAAUGAAGUUGAAACAAUGCUAGUUUUUCCAGAGUUACAGCACUCAAACGUGAAGAACCUUUCACCGGAAAACGAAUCACUGCGUCAGAAAGUUAUUUCCUAUUUCAUAAAUGUUGAGAAGCACAAAUGAAAUGAAGGGAGAGAGAACGGAGGAAGAUUUCAAUAUUGCCGGAACUCACGCGAGAGGAAGACGGGUAGUUCUUUAUUUGACAAUAUAUUGCGUUAUUGAAACGUUCUCAGUAUUUAAUACCACGACAACACUUAAGAAAACACUGUAUGGAUUAGCGACCGAACCUGUGCUCUCAGAAUGGGAUAUACAUUCAUACUGAUCCUCUUUGCAUUGUUCAUCAGCACUGAAGUUGUGAAAUGCACCUCUGUGUGUUCAGUUAACGGUUAUGCCGCCUUCUGCGCAUUUAAAGGUCUUCAAGAAGUACCAGAGCUGCCCACAUAUGUAAAAGUUGUGGAUCUGAGUUUUAACAGCAUUGCUGAACUCAACGAAUCAUCCUUUUCUCGUCUUGAAGGUCUACAAGUCCUUAAUCUGGAGCAGCAAACACCGGGACUUGUGAUCAGAAACAACACGUUUAGAAGACUGUCCAAUCUAAGAUUACUUCAGCUAGACUACAACAACUAUCUGAAAAUAGAGACUGGAGCGUUUAACGGAUUAUCCAACCUUGAGAUUCUCACUCUCACUCAGUGCAGUUUAAAUGAAGCUAUUUUGUCUGGUGACUUCCUCAAACCUCUGGUGUCUCUGGAGAUGCUUGACUUGCGGGAGAACAACAUUCAAAGAAUCCAGCCGGCGUCAUUCUUUUUAAACAUGAGGAGAUUCCAUUGGCUCGAUCUCUCUCGCAACAAACUGAAGAGCAUCUGUGAAGAAGAGCUCCUCGGCUUUCAGGGUAAACAUUUCACUCUUCUGAAACUGUCCUCCGUGACUCUGCAAGACAUGAACGAGUACUGGUUAGGAUGGGACAAGUGUGGAAAGCCAUUUAAGAACAUGUCCAUGACCUCAUUGGACCUGUCUGGAAACGGCUUUAACGUUAACGUGGCAAAGCGUUUUUUUGAUGCAAUCACUGGUACCAAAAUCCAAAAUCUCAUUCUCAGUAACAGUUACAGCAUGGGCAGUUCUUUUGGUCAUAACAAUUUUAAAGAUCCAGAUAAAUUCACAUUCAAGGGUCUUGAGGCGAGUGGUAUUACAAUUUUCGAUUUGUCCCAAUCAAAAAUUUUUGCUUUGUCAAAUUCAGUAUUUACUAAUUUCCCAGAACUAGAACAAAUUACAUUGGCACAAAACGAGAUUAACAUUAUUGAAACUGAUGCGUUUUUGGGUAUGACGAAUUUACUAAAGCUAAACCUGUCCAAAAACUUUUUGAGUAGUAUUGAUUCCAAUACAUUUCAGAAUCUAGAGAAACUUGAGGUGCUUGAUUUGUCUUAUAACCAUAUCAGGGUUCUUGGAGAUAAAUCAUUUCAGGGUCUCCCAAAUUUAAUCAUCUUAAAUUUAACAGGAAAUGCACUUGAAUCAGUUGAUGAAUUUGCAACCCUACUAAACCUGAAGAUACUCUAUUUAGGUGAGAACAGAAUUUCAUCUUUGUCUGGUUUACCCAACAUUGCUAAAAACCUCACAACCCUUGACCUGGAAUUUAACAGAUUAAAGGACUUGUCAGAUGUGUACACAAUACUAUGGGAAUUUCCACUAAUAGAACAAAUCUUUCUUCAAGGUAACAAGUUUUCGAGUUGUUAUAAUCAAAGACUAAUAGUGGCUUCAGACAAACUACAACUUCUUCAUCUUGGACUUUCAACGAUGCAGCUGAUCUGGUCAGAAGGAAAAUGUUUAAAUGUGUUUAACAAUCUUCACCAGUUGGAGCAGCUUUCUUUGACUGCCAAUGGACUACAGUCACUUCCCCAAGACAUUUUCAAAGAUCUGACUUCUUUGUUUUUUUUGGAUUUGUCCUUCAACUCUUUGAAGUACCUUCCAAACGGUGUAUUUCCUGAAAGUCUUCGAAUACUUAAUCUUGAAUAUAAUUCUAUUUAUUCAGUAGAUCCAAAUCUCUUUAGCAGCCUCCACUACAUCAGCCUGAUCAAAAACGAUUUCCGUUGCGAUUGCAAGCUAAGGGAUUUCCAAACAUGGCUCAAUCAAACCAACGUAACCAUUUUUCACCCCAUUGAGGAUGUGACAUGUGCCAGUCCUGAGGAUCAGUACAUGGUUCCGGUUGUGAGAUCCAACAUACACUGCGAGGAUGAAGAGGACGAGAGGCGAUCUGAAAAACUGAGACUUGUACUUUUUAUUUUCUGUUUCACACUUGUCAUAUUACUCACUGCUAGCGCCAUCAUUUAUGUCCGUCGGCGUGGCUACAUCUUUAAGUUUUACAAAAAGCUCACUGGCAAACUUGUGGAUGGAAAGCGAGAGGAACCUGAUCCUGAACAAUUCUUGUACGACGUGUAUCUUUGUUUUAGUUCCAGUGAUAUGAGGUGGGUAGAAAGAGCGCUGCUGAACAGGCUUGACUCUCAGUUCUCAGAGCAGAACACACUCCGCUGCUGCUUCGAGGAGCGAGACUUCAUACCCGGGGAGGACCAUCUUACCAACAUGCGAAAUGCAAUCCAGAAUAGUCGAAAAACCCUUUGUGUGGUGUCUGAACAUUUUUUGAAGGACGGCUGGUGCCUAGAAACCUUCACCCUGGCACAAAGAUUGAUGGAAGUGGAGCUAAAGGACAUUCUGGUGGUGCUGGUUGUAGGGAACAUACCGCAGUACAGGUUAAUGAAGUUCAAACAAGUGAGAUCCUACAUUGAGAACAGAAAAUACCUUCAGUGGCCCGAUGACAUCCAGGACUUGGAGUGGUUUUAUGACCAACUUCUGCAUGAAAUAAGAAAAGAUACCAAGGUUAAUCAAACAAAUCAACCAACCAACCAAACAAAGCCUGAAGCAUUGAAUGUCCAUGCAAACACCGCAGUAGACUCUUCACCGGAAAACGAGUCACUGCAGGGUCAGAAAGUCGUUUCCUAUUUCAGAAACAUUGGGAAACACAAUGAAACGAAGGAAGAGAGAGGGCAGCUCAACUCCGCGUUAUCACCGGAUCUCAGAAUGGCAAAACACAGAUUAUCUCUGAUCCUCCUUGGAUUAUGCAUCAGCACUCAAAUUGUGAAAUGCACCUCAGUGUGUUCAAUUGCCGCCUCUGUCGCCUUCUGCAUCGAUAAAGGUCUUCAAGAGGUGCCAAAGCUUUCCACACAUGUAAAUAAAGUAGAUCUGAGUAACAACAGUAUUGCUGAACUCAACGAAACAUCCUUUUCUCUUCUGGAUGGACUACAAGCCCUUAUACUGAUGCACCAAAAACCAGGACUUGUGAUCAGAAACAAUACAUUCAUAACACUAGCUAAUUUAACAUCACUUCGGCUAGACUACAACCGCUUCCUGAAAAUGGAUACAGGAGCGUUUAAUGGAUUAUUCAACCUUAAAAAUCUCACUCUCACUCAGUGCAGUUUAAAUGAAGCUAUUUUGUCUGGUGACUUCCUCAAACCUCUGGUGUCUCUGGAGAUGCUUGACUUGCGGGAGAACAACAUUCAAAGAAUCCAGCCGGCGUCAUUCUUUUUAAACAUGAGGAGAUUACAUUGGCUCGAUCUCUCUCGCAACAAACUGAAGAGCAUCUGUGAAGAAGAGCUCCUCGGCUUUCAGGGUAAACAUUUCACUCUUCUGAAACUGUCCUCCGUGACUCUGCAAGACAUGAACGAGUACUGGUUAGGAUGGGACAAGUGUGGAAAGCCAUUUAAGAACAUGUCCAUGACCUCAUUGGACCUGUCUGGAAACGGCUUUAACGUUAACAUGGCAAAGCGUUUUUUUAAUGCAAUCACUGGUACCAAAAUCCAAAGUCUCAUUCUCAGUAACAGUUACAGCAUGGGCAAAUCUUCUGGUAAUAAUUCAAAAGAUCCAGACAAAUUUACAUUCAAGGGUCUUGAGGCGAGUGGUAUUAAGAUUUUCGACCUCACCAAUUCAAGCAUUUUUGCUCUGUCAAAUUCAGUAUUUAGUUAUUUGUCAAGUCUAGAACAAAUUACAAUGGCAGAAAGUCAUAUCAAUAAGAUUGAAAACCGUGCUUUUUGGGGUAUGACAAAUUUACUGAAGCUAAACCUGUCCAAAAACUUCCUUGGUAAUAUUGAUGCCAAUACAUUUCAGAACCUAGAGAAGCUUGAGGUGCUUGAUUUGUCUUAUAAUCAUAUAUGGAUCCUUGGAUUUCAGUCAUUUCUAGGGCUUCCAAACCUACUAAACCUGAACUUAACAGGAAAUGCUCUCAAAGCAGUACAUAGAUUUGCAACCUUACCAAACCUGGAGAAACUCUACUUGGGUGACAACAAAAUUACAUCCGUGUAUAGUUUACCCCACAUUUCUAAAAAUCUAACAACCCUUUACCUGCAAUUUAACAAGUUUUCUUCCAUGUCUGUACUCUACACAAUUCUAGAGGAAUUUCCUCAAAUUGUGGAAAUUGUUUUUCGAGGUAACGAGCUUGUUUAUUGCCCUAAUGACGGACACAACGUGCUUUCACAAAAAGUGCAAAUCCUUGAUCUUGCAUUUGCAGGUUUGGAAGUUAUCUGGUCAGAAGGAAAAUGUUUAAAUGUGUUUAACGAUCUUCACCAGUUAGAACAGCUUUUUCUGAGUUCCAACCUGCUACAGUCACUUCCCCAAGACAUUUUCAAAGACCUUACCUCUUUGUUCUUAUUGGAUUUGUCCUUCAACUCUUUGAAGUACCUUCCAAACGAUGUAUUCCCUGAAAGUCUUCGAAUACUUAAUCUUGAAUAUAAUUCUAUUUAUUCAGUAGAUCCAAAUCUCUUCAGCAGCCUCCACUACAUCAGCCUGAUCAAAAACGAUUUCCGUUGCGAUUGCAAGCUAAGGGAUUUCCAAACAUGGCUCAAUCAAACCAACGUAACCAUUUUUCACCCCAUUGAGGAUGUGACAUGUGCCAGUCCUGAGGAUCAGUACAUGGUUCCGGUUGUGAGAUCCAACAUACACUGCGAGGAUGAAGAGGACGAGAGGCGAUCUGAAAAACUGAGACUUGUACUUUUUAUUUUCUGUUCCGCACUUGUCAUAUUACUCACUGCUAGCGCCAUCAUUUAUGUCCAUGGACGUGGCUACAUCUUCAAGUUUUACAAAAAGCUCACUGGCAAACUUGUGGAUGGAAAGCGAGAGGAACCUGAUCCUGAACAAUUCUUGUACGACGUGUAUCUUUGUUUUAGUUCCAGUGAUAUGAAGUGGGUAGAAAGAGCGCUGCUGAACAGGCUUGACUCUCAGUUCUCAGAGCAGAACACACUCCGCUGCUGCUUCGAGGAGCGAGACUUCAUACCCGGGGAGGACCAUCUUACCAACAUGCGAAAUGCAAUCCAGAAUAGUCGAAAAACCCUUUGUGUGGUGUCUGAACGUUUCCUGAAGGACGGCUGGUGCCUAGAAACCUUCACCCUGGCACAGUGCAGGAUGCUAUUGGAGCUAAAGGACAUUCUGGUGGUGCUGGUUGUAGGGAACAUACCGCAGUACAGGUUAAUGAAGUACGAACAAGUGAGAUCCUACAUUGAGAACAGAAGAUACCUUCUGUGGCCCGAUGACAUCCAGGACUUGGAGUGGUUUUAUGACCAACUUCUGCAUAAAAUUAGAAAAAACACCAAGUUAACACAAACAAAUACUAAAGUCAAUGAGGUUGAAAAACAUCUUGAAGAAGCAAACGUUCUUGCAGACACUGCAGUGUAACUAUGAAGGACUCGUGUAUGAUUCUUGCACAAAUGUUUAUGGUAUAUACCUUGUUUUGCUCCAUCCAUCCAUCCUACGGUUUUGACCUUCUCUCUUUUGGACAACGACUUUUGUAUAAUCCAUAAUGUGUAUGUUCUUUUUAGCUAUUAUGUAAAUUCUCGAUUGACAGCAACACCUUUUUUUUUUUUAUAGUGUUCCAGGAUUUGGCAAAUAAACUGAGUCUUAUAAUUUGUA